AUGAUGACGAGAUCGGGAAGACUCCAAACCACUUCAAAGAGUGCUGGGUAUUUGCCCACAGUAAUCAGGCAGCAGUCCAGCUUUGCACUGAUUCACGAUGAUAAAAUCUUUGCUCAACAAACGGCUCGUGGUGGCCCCCAGCAACUGAGAAAGGGAGUUGCUGGCAAGACCAUUGGAGCCCAACGCUCGCGAAAGAUCGUCAAAGAUGCAGUUUACGGGGUCACUCGGCCUGCGAUUCGACGUCUCGCUCGCCGUGGUGGUGUCAAAAGGAUGUCGGCCACUAUUUACGAAGAGACUCGCAAGGUCUUGAACGAUCAUCUGACCGAGAUCCUGAAGAUUUGCUGCAUCUAUGUCGAUCACAGAAAGGCAAAAACUGUCACCACGCAAGACGUUCUCUAUGCCCUACAAAAGAUGGGCAGAACGUUGUACGGAUUUGACCCCGCGAUGGGCCACCUGGUUGUGGACAAGGCUCACCGCCGCCACAAGCAGAUUGUGCUGAGGCACUAG